UGCAGGAGAGGGGGUUUGAGUUAGUUCUUGGCUACUGCUUUAGCUGCCAUGCAAUGAGUGUCUUUCGUUGUCCCCCCUUCUCCCUAAUUUCUGCUCUUGUCUCCUAACUGAAAGGGUUGCAGAGUGAUCCAACCCGUCUGUCCAGCGCGGUGACUAAAAGUGCUUCAUCGUGCCGCUGCGAUCGAGUCAAGGUUUGGCUCUGGAAAUACCUUGUGAAGUCGGUCUCUUGCAGUGCGACCACCGAGAGGCACAGUCGAUUCUGUCAUUCGUUCUUAAUCAGGAACAAAUCUCACAUAAAUGUAGAAGGACAUCUUCUUUUUAGAAUUAAUAAAUCGUCAAAUUACUCAGAAAUCCUUCAUCAAAGCUGAAAGAACUUUGUUGGACUAAAGCAGGUGCUGCAUUCUCUUAUCGAUCUAAGAAUCCGUGGAUUAAGUUGUUUACAAAGUAGUUACCUGUCUUUCGUUUUAGCUCAGAGAUUAUUCAAAGUGGAUUAAAAGAUGGACAGCACUCGCGUGUGAUAUAUCAUCAAGAUCUUAACGUGGAAGUAGAAAUACUUUGGUUUUAUAUCAAAGACUUUCAUUAUCGUCCUAAUUUUCUUUCUUUCACAAAAGUGUGUGUGUGUUUGAGAUCAUUUCCUGGAUACUUCAUUAACUUUCUGCCUAUUCAAACCUUGGAUUUAUUUAUUGGGUGUCAUAUUAAUUCUUGAGUGGUUGGUAUUAUUUCAUCAUCAUCGAACAUUCCAGUGCAAGAUCCAUACUCUUGAUAUUUUCACAGUGUGUCGUCAUCGAGGUUGUUGUUCAAUCUUCAUUUAAUGGCUCGUUCUCUUUUGAGGACUUCUGAAACCGAAACUUCUCUCAGGUAGUUAGAUUAUGGGUUUUCAUAAACACUUGUGAAUGUAUGACGAGGAUAAUAAGGAAGUUCAUUGAGAAAUACUCUACUCAUGCCAACGCUCUUAACGAUUUUAAUCAGUCCUGAGGAACAUACGAUGCAGUGCAGCUGGUUGGAUUUGUAGAGUCGUGUGUCUCACAACUUAAUCUUUGGAUGGUCGAGAAGCUUACGGGAUACUAGAGACUGAUCCUGUAGCAUUCAAAGUGACAUAGUGUGGAUUGCAAGUGGAAAGGAAAAGGAUUAUUUGGUUUGAAUUUGAAUUUAUAUUACCCACGAUGCCUUGUGUGCCGUGUCGUUGGUCAGUGCAGUGUGUGGAGGACCAGGAUGGUGUUGUUAUGGUGAUUUGCAGUACGAGAAAAAGAAGGUCAUCGGUCAGUUCUGCAGAUGGCUACCCGACGGGACGGAAGGGCAGCAAGCGACGGAAGAGUCGGACGUUACCAGACCCACGCCAUGCUGACCGGGAGUCCAUCGUCAAGAACCACAAGGAGAUGUCUUCGGGCGUUGCUGACCUUGAUACAGGUGUCAAGAUUCUAAGUUUCACUCACACAGAACCCAUUGAAGUGCCUAGCUGUAAAGAGCAUGAGGUGAAAGUAAGCAUGAGGGCCCAAACUCCGGACUCUACUCUGGACCUACAUGGUGGUGAUGAAGUGUUUUUAAGACAAGAAGACUUAUUCAAGAACCUUGCCACAACCCUACCAAAUAUCACUAUUGCCAAAGAUGCACAGGGUACGACCCCGGUGGAAUUCCUCUCAGGAAAGGAUGUUGAUAAAGUGAGAAAGAUUGCCCUGAUAGAACUGACGGCCAUGUUUGACAGGAUGGGGAUUGAGUUUGAACCUGUCAGGAAGUCAACAAAGAGGAGGGUCAAAGAGAAUGGUGUAUUUGGUGUUCCUCUAAGAAACCUCAUUGCCCAUGAUAGAAUGUGGAGUCCAGAAACAACUACACCUCUUUUUCUACAAAAGUUAAUAGGCUACCUAGAAGUACAUGGUCUACACGAAGAAGGCGUGCUAAGAGUACCUGGCUCAUCAGCAAGAAUUAAGCAACUAAGAGAAGAGAUUGAGCGUGAUUUCUACGAUGGCAAGUUCAGCUUUGAUGAUCUACGGAUCAAUGAUGCGGUCGGGCUCUUGAAGCAGUUCCUGAGAGAGAUGCCCACACCCAUCCUCACAUUUGAAUAUGUAAAUGCCUUUGCAAUGGUCGAGAAAAUCAAGGACCGGAAAAAGCAGCUCCAGUGCCUUAACCUCCUAGUCUUGGUGCUACCAGAUACGCAUAGAGCAACGCUGAAGCUCUUACUCUCAUACCUGAGUCGGAUCGUGAGCUGUGAAUCCCAGAAUAAGAUGUCUCUGAACAACGUAGCCAUGAUCAUGGCACCCAACCUGUUCUCAGGACGAGCCAUCUCCAGGAAGAAGUCACCUGAUUACUCCGAGCUUCACAUAGCAGCAGGGACGUCAAACAUCAUGCGAAUGCUCGUCAAAUACCACAAUAUCCUGUGGGUGGUACCUUUCCGGAUGUUAGAGCAGGUCCGUAAGAUGUAUGAGGUCGACAUGAAGAGGUCAAGAGACUCCAAAUCGGUCAUGACGCUAUUCAAGAGAAGCAAAGACAAGAGAAGUGGCAUAUUUGAGGAGGUUGCAGAAGGGAUCAUCCGAAUCCAGACGCCGGGUUCGGUCGAGAAGGUCCUCACGACGAUACAGCUCAGUGAGAGAACGACAGCAGGAGACAUCGUAGCCAAGUUCACAGAGGACACACCUUUCAUGAGUAUUGAACCUGCGCCCCUCAAGAGGAACAGCCUCAGGAGGCGGAGCCGCAAGAAGUCCAUUCAAAGGAAUUCUAGUUUUGAUAUGUGCAGUAACAUCACCUCCAGCAGAGCACCAAAGUUCUAUCUCUACGAAGUUGGGGGAUGCAUAGGAGAGAGAUGUCUAGAUCCUGAGACUAACAUGAUGGCGCUCGUUAGGGUCAACCCGACAGCUGAAUGGAUCAUUAGAUGUAGACCAACAUGAGGCCAUGCACGCUACGCAGAAGUCCAAUCAGACUCGCCAAAUCUUGAUAAACAAACUCUGUGAAAGAGAAGUCAUCAAGUGAUUUAGCCUAAUAUUGUGGAGAUAUUAUGCGUUCAGUGUCUCCAUGGGCAAAAGCAAUCAUUCCCCCUCUAUGAGAGAGGAAUGGUGAUGUGGUGGAGCCGCGAGUGUUGCAAGGAAUAACAAAGCAAUUAGUGUCAAUGUGUGCAGAAUCCUCUGUGAUGAUGAAAAUCAUUUUAUAGAGCCAGCUGAAUCUUGCUGAAAUGUGUCUCGAUUGGCAAGAAUCAAUUCUUCUUACUUAUGAAGAAGGACAAAUGACUGUUCACAUGCUUGAGGCAACAUAGCGAGCAAGCACUUUCCCUUGCAAUAUGUCUACAUGUGCAAGAUUUUGCAGGAUGGUGAAAUUAGUUGUUAGCUUCAGCCGACGAAAUUCAAUCUUUUCUUUCCCAUCACAAAGGACUGGUCACAAGCUUGAAGCAACAUUGCAAUGAAACACUUAACCUUGUAAGCUGUCUCUGUUGACAGCAGUACCCGUCAUGAUGGUGAAAUUAGUUGUCAACUUCGGCUGAAUUUUGAAAAACCUUAAUUGACAAUUUCAAUCCUAGGAAAGAUGACCGGACAUGUGCUUAAAGGCAAUAUUGCAAGGAUAUAUCGUGCAAAUAGUGUGUUUGUAUACUGGAUCCUUCAUUAGUUAAACAUUAAGAGUCCUGUUUACUUUUUGAAAAAGUAUGCAUAGAAUUAUCUUGGGAUGCAAGAUUCAGUCAUGAUUGUGCUAAUUAGUCAUUGCUCUAGCUAAUUUUG